AUGGCGAGGCCGUCCAUGUUCCACUCGUCAAAUCGCCCAGCCUUCGCGUUCCCAAACUUGUACAAGUUCCACCAGACAUCCACCCCUUCCAGACUCGGUCACGGCAUACAAGAACAUAUCAUAGGUCUAGAGAACAAAAGACGAUCGACACUCGCAACAAACGACGCCCGGCGCCUCGCCGUCCUGCAGAGACAUGAGCACAAAAGGGAAGAACAACGUCUAGAACUGGAGAGGCUUAAGCGCCUCCAGCAAGAAGAGCAGGAGCGUAUGCGGAAGGAGCAAUUGCGCAAAGUGGCGCCGGGCUUUGAUCCAAGCGUCGGGGCGCUGGUCCCAAAGAAAUUUGGUGCGACUGCGAGUGCAGGCGCUUCAACGUCCUCCUUGAUGCUCCCUCCGCCGCCGCCUGCAGCGGCACCCCAGAGAGACGUGGUGGCUGACUUGGUUGACCAAUUGGCAGCACUAGAUGUGGCCCAUUAA